AUCCUAUCAGUAUCAGCGUGUCGAACUGUCGGCGCCUCGGUGGUCUCUGCUUUUAUUCAUUCCCGACCGCAUUUUCUGCACAUGGGCUUUUUUGUCUUUGAUGUGUCAAUUUCUCUUCAUGUUGCAAGUUGCAAUUUGUCUAAGGUUGGUCACGACUCUUGAGCUAGUCCACUUGAUCUUUCGUCGAUCGUCAAAGCCUUCGCUAUAUAAGGUCUAUUCUUGUAUUGACACUGGACAUUCCUGCGAUUGAAGCAGAACACAUGAGAUACAGGUCUCAUCUACCCAUCUAUAAAGAUCAUCUUUAAUGAUAUGAAAGCUGCACCCAUUCUACAUGUAAAAUGAAAAUUUGGUUGCAAGGCUUUUAUUCGUCUCAUCAACUUCCGGCCACAAUAACGAUUUAGCAGCAAGGACAUGGAAUGGCUGCAGAAACCUGCUACUAAGUUUUCAGCGGUUUCAUAACCCUACGCUAACCUAGCUCAUGAAGGAAUGUUAGAUGUCUUAAUAGUUAAAGAGCCUGGAUGGUUUUUGGGAAAGUUCAAGAAGAUCCCAGUAAUAAAGGAUCUAAAUGACAUGGUCGCUGACUCGCUGAGCAAACGAUGGCUUAUUCUACAAUCCCAACUCUUCCUUUCUGUGCAGACGUCAAAAGCCAUUUGAAGCAUUUAGGCUUGGUCCUUUGUUGUUGGUGCGUUGGUAUUGGCAGGAAGAUGAAAACUUUUACCGGAUUCGUGUAACCAAAGAGUUGGUCAACCAUGCUGAAGUUCAAUUAAUCGGCUAUGGAAAACAGUCUCUAAAUACCACGCUGCAAAAUUUUGGCACCCCUAUUAUCGUGAUUCCAACGCAACUUCAUCCGUGAUCCUUCUGUUGUGUUCAUUUCUCUUGUCGUGACACGUGACGUCGUUCGUGGUUCCUAAGCUAAAAGGAGAAGAACAUUUCUUCAACUACAAGAAUUCUAUCACGCCAAGGAGGGAAAACGCCAAGCUUCGAAACUCUUCUAUUCCAGACAUGACCGUUAGCCAUCAAAGCAUUUGUGCGAAGAAUUGUGUUAGAGGGUUAGAGAUUUUCCAAGUAAGCUCCAAAAGCGGGACUCCAACAACCCUUAAUAAGAAAUUGGGAAUUUCUUAUUUUGGCUUUUCGUUUACUAGAGAAAAUUCCGUCACAUUUACUUUGUACGUUUCCAAUAAUUCUUCCAAGUUGUCUGAUGUGGGCGUCAAGUCUCCUUGGGCCGCUUGGGUCAGAAUUUCACGAAAGACUUGGCCAGCAUGUCUGUUCCAUUUCGUCAUUAAAAAAUUUUUAAAAAAAACUUUGAUUUUUUUCCAAUCUUUUUUCAAAUUGUUAAACUCGUUCACCUCACAGUUUUCCUCCAUUUCAUGAAGGACUGUUUGAGAUGGUCAACGACGGACUCUUCCAAUUGCCGGACGCCUUUGUUGUUUGUUGCUGGGUAGACCAGCCUCUCUGGUAUCUGAAUCGUUGGGGAAUUUGCGUGAGAACAACGGCCACCAAUCGGCUGAUUUUGUCACUUGAUUUUGCAGUUGGCUCGGGUAGACUUUGGUGUGAGCAUUGACCCAAAACUGCGCCAAAUUUCUUAUGAAAUAUCGUUGGAAAUUGAUCAUUUGAAUUUAGUAAAUAAUUACGUCGUUUUGCUUGAAUAAAGCCCAAACUUGUUGCAUGGCGCCAGUUGGAUCUGUGACGUUUUUUGUGAUUCCGGUUGAAGGAUUGAUGACUCGCAUCGUCUGGUUGGUUUUGUUCCGAUAAAGAACAAAGGCCGUCUCUCCUUCGGGCACUGUCAUUCCCAACAGAACGUACACCUCCUAAUGGAGAGCGGCCAGGUAGUUGUGUAAAAGGAUGGCCCGCUCUUCGUCCACGCCCACCAGCCAUCCCAGCACCGUCUGUUUAAACAUUUAACUAAUUCAAGAUCACAAAGAAUUAUUUUUUAUGAAAAUUUUUACUUGGCAGGUAAACCAAAUCUUUGUUGUCAGAAUGGGCCGGUCAUUAGGUUUAAGAGAUUUUUUGUUUCAUGUUGUGACGUUCUAUUUACAAGACGAUCGUCUUCAUCCGCCAUAAAAGUAGCUCCCCCUUCCGUGUGACGUCUAUUGACAGCCACUUCCAACAACUAAACAAGACGAGAUAAGACGCUUAUAGAUGAGUUCCCUUGCAUUUUUUUGUUCCCCUUUUCACUUGAAUGAAACAGAUUAUCUUAACAGAUUACCUCGAAUAAAUUCUCUCCAUCAACUAUUUCUUUCUUAUAAGUUCCUUUCUUUUCAUUCUCAGUAAAGAGUCUUAAACUACAGUCUCAUCGAAUCACUGCCAUUUCAAUUCAGCGCGAAAUCUGCCAGUGCCAGCCAAUAAAAAGUGAGCGAAAGGGGUUUUGUUGGGGUGGCAAAAUCCACACGUUAGGGCGGGGAGUUACUUUGCGCAAUUUACCUUAAAAUUGUCUACAGCUUUCGCGCUGUGACAUAAGCUGCUGCGUUGCCAAAUAUUCGCAUGAGCCCUAUAUAACUGGCUAUUGUUUUGUUUUUAAUCCAGUCUCUAUGAAUGAAUCCUUCGAACAACAUUCAUUAAGAUACUUCUUUGCCAACCUACAUCAUUUUCAAACGUCACCAUGCCUAGAUUGCCUCAACCCGAAUCUCUCGUUAAACUGUGUGUCAAGUGCGUAACAAAUGCAAGGAGUAGAUCUGCAAAUAAAAUUCCAGCAGUUAUGCGGAAUUGUAAUAUGACCGCUAUCAAUUCUAAAUUUUUCCCCAAUGCAUUUCAUCAAUUACCCGUUGCGCUCCUGGAGGAAAUCAUUUUUGCUUUUACAAUGAGGCGAAUGAGAGACAGAGGACAAAUGCCGCUCCCACAUCCAUAUUUCCUUCAUUAUCUCCUCACUCCACAAAUUCAACAUUUAAGUUUUUCUAAUUACUAUGGGGGUUACUUGGGUUUAUUCCCCAAGCUUGAAAAUUUACUAACAUUGGACCUUGGAAAAACUGGAGUGAAAGAUGACUCUUUAAAAAGCAUUGGAAUUUACUGUUCCCAGUUAAGGUCGCUGAAUUUAAAAUGUUGCACUGACGUGACAGACGAUGGAAUUCGAUGGCUUUGUGGGGUGGAUUUUCCGGGAAUGGGAAAAUCAAGACUUUGCAAGACCAUCCAAAAAUUAAGUAUUCUUCACACAAGUGUUACUAAGAAAGGAAUUCAAGUUGCGCUGAAAAAUUUCCUGUUCUUGAGUAUCCUUGAAAAUUGUUAUAUUGUAGAUGCAUUGGCAGAGUUGGCCCAAUCAGCGAUAGAUUCUAAGCAACCCGGCUUUUAUAAUAAUACGUUCUCAAUUUCUACCUUGUACACAUCUCCUGAUACGCCUUUAAGGAGUAAUAGUCUGCCACUAGCCCUCCCUUUAUGCCAUUUAGUUAAUCAGGUUUCAAUUUGUGUAACCAAGGAACUGAAAGAUAGUGAUCUUUUGUGCUUAUUGUCGAUCAAGAUGCUUCGUAAACUUGAAAUCGGCGGUUCUUCAUUUUGUCUUAUAACAGGCGAAACUGCUAUUACUUUUGAUGGAGGUGUGGCUCCACUUCUCAUGGCAUAUGGAAGAUCAUUGGAGACUCUUAUGUUGGGGGGUGUAAAAUUAGUUUGUCUUUCCAGCAUAAUGCUAACGAAUUUUACAUCGUCAUUCCACACGGUGAAACUAAAUAACUAAUUACCCGAUCAAGUGCAUUCCAACCCAUCCGGAUGUCAACGUUUCGCUCAUCUUCGAACAACAAUUCACAGCAAUAGCUAAAAACAUAACUGAACCAAAAAGCGAUUUGAUAUCAGAUCCUAAUUCCAAUUGGUCUUUCGUAAAAAGAAAAGGACUGAAACUCAAGAAAGCAAAAAUUGACGACAAUGGCAAGUUCAGUUGCAUAGGGACCUAUAACAAUAAGAAAACUUCUUCACUAUAUUCUGAUUUCUUUUUCUUUUUCCCUGGAAUGGAACUGACCGGAAGUGACGGCGAAGAUGAUCCUUUUGAAGGAAGUAACGUUACUUUAAGCUGCCGGACUUACCAAUAUACCAAAAACUCUUAUCCACCAAAAUGGUCCUACCAAAUCAACAGAAACGGACUAAUGCAAAUAAUUGAUGAAAUUAAUCCCCCUGAAGGUAUUAAAAUAUCAAGACAGAAAUUUGACUAUGGUGGUAAGGCACUUCACGAAAAUCAACUUUACGUUUCCGACAUAAGCCCAAAUGCCUAUGCCUUUCAAUGCCAAGGAAGUGGAUUCACUGAAAAUAUUUCAUUUCGCGCUAAAGAAUUAAAUAGCGACUCAAAGCUUAAAUCUGUUCAACUGGAGAAGGAUAUCGCCCAAAACUUAACUUGCUUCAAAGGGUCUCAAAAUGCUCGUAUCAAAUGGUUUAAGGAUGGGAAAGAAUAUUUAGGACAAGUUUACUCCGAUAGUACCUCUUCAAUCUUACCGCUGCAAGGGAAGAUGGGGGAAAAUGGACGAUACGCUUGUCAGUGGAAAGUCAGUUUUCCAGGUGAUGUGAAAUACAGAAAUUUCACGGUUUCUGACAUCGAUAGAAUUCCAGAAAAUGACAAGCCUGUCAUCAUCGCCGUUUCUACAACAUUUGCAGUUUUACUAUUGAUUCUAAUUAUCGUCGUUGGAGUUAAAUUUUAUAACGACAAGAAACGACGAGUUUCACAGGAAGCAUUAAUUAGAUUACUGAAUGGAAAUGCCAAUCAAAUUAAUAACCAGUCACCAAUAGAAGACCAGGUAGAGUUCCUACCCUAUGAUAGACGCUGGGAAUUUCCAAGAAGUCGACUGAAACUCGGAGUCCAGCUUGGAGCUGGUUGCUUCGGCCGUGUAGUCAAAGCGGAAGCAGUGGGACUUAAAGGCUCAGAAGAAUCUGUCGAAACAGUGGCCGUCAAAAUGGUCCGGUCGGAAGCCAACGUCUCCGCAAUGGAAGCGCUCAUCAGUGAACUAAAAAUCCUCGUCUAUUUGGGAUCGCACCUCAACGUCGUCAAUCUGCUUGGAGCCUGCACUAAGCAAAUACACAAAGGAGAACUUUACUUUUAGUGAUCGUUGAAUAUUGUCGAUUCGGCAAUUUGCAAACGUUUUUGAUUAACCACAGGACCAAUUUUGUUAAUUUGGUGGAUGAAUUUGGAAACCUGAAAAUGCAAGACGAAAUGGAAAGUAAUAAUUUCA